CCCGACAGAGCGCAGCACCGUCGACCCCAUUAAGUUGUCGCUUGUUGUCCAAGGGAUUUGUAAAUUCCUUCGCUAAGCAUUUUACGCUAUUACGCUUAUCGGGGUUGAGUUUUUUAUGCUCAAGUGAAUUUUAGAGAGCUCAGACGACACAUGUUUCGGCAUGUCAGCGAUCUUUAGUCGGCGGCGUCGUCUGCUCUCCCAUGCUCCCGACGAUGUGACAGUACCGUGGACAAUCUAUUCUCGUAGUUCCAAGGGUGGCCACCACGCCUGGGCAGGCGGCGCUGAGCUUUGCCUUCGAACCCCUAUGCUCUCCCUCCCGCCAUUUCUAGGCGGAGCCUGGCAAAGAAGGGAAGAGGCCUAUGCCUCAGCCAAAAUGCUACAAGAAGCUGGCCUGGAGUUUGAUGUUUGCCACACCUCACUUCUGUCGCGGGCAAACGACACCUUGGAUGUUAUUCUGCGAGAAAUUGGCCAGCCAAACCUGCCAGUCUACAAAUCUUGGCGCCUCAAUGAGCGUCACUAUGGUGCUCUGACGGGAUUCAACAAACUGCAGACAGCCCAGAAAUAUGGAGCUGAACAGGUUCAAAUUUGGCGUAGAAGUUAUGACAUUCCACCUCCGCCAAUUGAAGAAGACCAUAAAUAUUACAGCGCAAUUGUCAACAACCCCAAAUUUGCUCUAGAAUUGAGCAAGGACCAAAUUCCAAGAACAGAAUCUCUGAAAACUACCUUGCAACGUGUUAUACCUUACUGGGAAGAUGUAAUAGCACCUCAAAUUCGUCAAGGCAAGCGGGUUUUAAUUGUGACUCAUGGCACAAGUCUGAGGGGACUCGUUAAACAUGUUCAGGAGAUGUCCGAUGAAGUGAUAGUAAAACUCAACCUCCCAAAUGCUAUUCCAUUCUACUAUGACCUGGACGAAAAUUUACAGGCAAUUGAUCCACUUCGCUUCCUUGCUGAUGAAGAAACUGUGCGCAGAGAGAUGGAAAAAGUUGCAUCAAUAGGAAAGUGAUAACUAUGUAUGUGAGGGAUUACAAGACUGAUUUGUUUUAUCUAUUGUAUAUGUAUUUUCUUGUUUCACUAAAAUGCUGAGGUUUUUGUUAAUUUAUGAAUUGUGCUGUCAGCAAUCUUAGGGAAAUGGAUUUAAUUGAGGGUUCAAACCUUACUAUAGAUUUUAAAUAUGAGCUCUUUAACCUGAUUUGUGAUCAAAGUAUUUUUUUUCUCUUUGCAAGAAAGUGGAAAGCUUCAAUGUUAAAAUCAAUGUUAAGGAUCAAAAUUAACAUGUUUGCAAAUAAAAUAGAAACUUCAUUGUAUUGA